AUGAAGACUCACGGGGCUCCUGUGGAGUUUCUGAAUGGGGAGGCGUCAACGCACACAGUAAUAGGAGUGUUCGAGCCGGGCGCGCGGCGAGUGGUUGACCUUGUGUUUGGCGAGGUGCCGCCGACGGAGACGCCGUUGCCGACGAGUACGCCGGAGCCGAGUGCGACGCCGGAGCCGAGUGCGACACCGUUGCCGACGGAGACGCCGGUGCCGCCGACGGCGACGGUAGUGCCGCCGACCCUGGUUGCGGGCCCUCCGACGCGACGGCAGUGCCGCCGACAGCGACGCCAGAGCCGACGGCGACGCCAGUGCCGACGAAUACGCCGGUGCCGCCGCCUACAGCGGUGCCUGAGGUUGUGGUGGUCGGAGACGCCGGAUGAGGAAGAGGAGGGUGGCGACGGUGCAUGCUCCAGCACGUCGGGAUUGCGGUUUGGUCAGUCUGCGGCGAAUAUGCUGCUGCUGUUUGCGCCUGUUGUGAUGCUGGGUGGCGCGAGCAUUCCGCUCGACAAGGCGUACAGAUUCUUCGUCGAGUCCAUUGAACACGAGGUGAACACUGCCAUACCGCAGCCUGUGCGGGAUAGCGCGAGGGAGCAGCUUCAGCAUAUCUUGCAGAAUCUCGACGAAUGGGCGAAUGUUUCCGCCGCGGUACUAUCGGGGCUGGUCGGCAAUAUGGCGAUUGCCACAUUCCCGAAGGCGCGAGACACCAGAGUACGCCAUCUCGACCUCGUGCGUAUUCAGGACCUGCUGGUAAUGCUCAUCGUGGUGCUGGAGCAGGCACAUCUCCACCGGCAGCUCAUUCGACUUCCCCACUCGAUGGCGUCGGGCGAACUUGAAGAGUCAACGGCGCGCCUGCGCUCCUACUUGAUGGGGCAUAACCAGUUCGAGAUAGAAUCGCAGGAGAUGCACCUCAGUCCACUUGAGGAGGAGAUGGUUGAUGCGACCAUCAUCGUGCUUCAGAAGAGGAGAAAGAGAGAAGGUCGGCCCAUACGCGAUCACUAUGUUGACGGUAUUCGCAAUCUGCUAUCGCAGCCGGAAUUCGCCGAGAACGAGCGCGCUCGGCGACUGGCGAAGGCGUGA